AUGAGUUACUGGCAGGAUGACACAAGAGAAUAUGAAGUUAUUGCCAUUCUUGUGCAAUGGAGUCAUGGGCGAAGCGGCAGCCAGCGCAGAGAUAGUGGGAGUGCAGGAGCAAGAGACGGGGCUGGGCAGAGAAGGAGCGCCGAACAGCAGCCGUCCUGGCUGGCCGAACUGGCCGAGUCUGUAGUUCCCCUGGAGUGCCUGUCUGAGGAAGGAGGAGACAGAGAACGGAUGACAGCCAAUCAUGAGACGUACCUUCUUAUGGCCAGCACACAGAAUGACAUGGAGGAUUGGGUGAAAUCUGUCCGCAGGGUUAUAUGGGCUCCUUUUGGAGGAGGAGAAGAGGGAGGGGAAGACACCGUCCGGUAUGAGAAGAGGUAUGGCAACCACUUGGCUCCCAUGCUGGUGGAACAGUGCGUGGAUUUUAUUCGGCUGCGUGGGCUGAAGGAGGAAGGGCUGUUCCGAUUGCCCGGUCAGGCUAACCUCGUGAAAGAACUGCAGGAUGCUUUUGAUUGCGGGGAGAAGCCGUUGUUUGACAGAAACACAGAUGUGCACACCGUGGCGUCGCUUUUGAAACUGUACCUCAGAGAGCUCCCAGAACCAGUUAUCCCAUACGCCAAGUAUGAAGAUUUUCUGUCUUGUGCCAAACUGCUCAGCAAGGAGGAGGAAACGGGGCUGAACGAGUUAGUGAAACAAGUAAAGAGUUUGCCAGUCGUCAACUACAACCUGUUGAAGUAUAUUUGCAGAUUCCUGGACGAAGUCCAGUCCUAUUCUGGUGUAAACAAGAUGAGUGUGCAAAACCUCGCUACUGUGUUUGGUCCCAAUAUCCUGCGUCCAAAAGUGGAAGAUCCACUCACCAUCAUGGAAGGUACUGUUGUGGUCCAGCAGUUGAUGUCC